AUCCAUUGCAACAUUCUGGUGAGUAGAGCGAAGAAAUUGUGUAUUCAUUGUGCGUUGUUGACGAUUUGUUUUAGCUUCGAACUGGCCAUUUUAUUUUAAACUAACAUUUAGUGGCACGCCAAUUUCUGAUUCUGAUGCAUUACUUGGAGAAGAAUUAGAUAUUAGUUUAGCCACUAUUACAAUUGAACGAAAAAUUUCUUCUCCAUCACUUCGAACUGAUGUACCACUUGAAUUGUCACCAUCAUCUUCUGUUGAGCGCCCGCAUCGAUCAAACAGUCUUGAUGGAUCGUUGCACGAUUGA